CUGAUCCAGUUAUCCAAGGAGUUAGACUUAUGACUGUUUCGAGAAACGGUGCAGGCCCCAAGUCGAUCUCCAACGUAUACUGCAUAUACGCAAUAGUUUUCAUUUGAUGGAAACAUGACGACCUCGUCAGGGACCUCAUUGACGACCAUCGAGGAUUUUCGACGUCAGGCUAAGGAGCUGGUGUCAUCAGAAGGCUGGUCAUUUUACAACGAUGCGUCGGGACGGAGAUCGACAUUUCGAGAUAGCAUGGCUGCCUUUGACCGCUACGUGAUUCGUCCUCGUAUCCUCCGUGACAUCACGCAGCGUUCUCUGUCUACGACGGUGUUAGGUCAACCAAUCAGCAUGCCCAUCUGCGUUGCGCCAGCGGAAGCACAGCGAUUCGCCCAUCCAGACGCCGAAGUAGCAUCGGCUAAAGGAACUGCGGAUUCUGGAACCUUGUUCAUAAUGUCAUCAUUUGCUAACGCAUCCAUCGCAGAAGUUUCGCGGGCAGCCCCGGGAGGGUUACGAUGGAUGCAGCUAUAUCUCUUCAAAGAUCGACGGUUGGCUGAACACGUGGUAAAGGAAGCCGAGAGAGAAGGAUUCAAAGCUAUCGUUCUCACCGUCGAUUUACCUCUGUGGGGAGACUAUUCAUUCUACAAAUCUUCGCAUGCAACUUCAGCAUCGAGAUACUAUCACGAUCCAAGCCUGAGACCAACGAAUCUAGCCAUAGACAUACCAGAAGUGCAUGAUGCCAUCCGCUCUGGUGACGUCAACAUACGUCAUUACCUGGCUCAGCAGUACGACGCACCCAAAACAUGGGAUGAUAUCACAUGGCUCAAGUCGAUAACGUCACUUCCAAUCGUGCUAAAGGGUAUUCUUACAGGCGAGGCUGCGAUGGAAGCGGCUGAUGCCGGAGUCUCUGGAAUCAUUGUAUCAGCUCACGGUGGAAGGCACAUGGAUGGAGUACCUGCUCCGAUUGACGUCCUUGCGGAAGUAGUGUCAGCGGUCAAAGGUCGUGGGGUUGAGGUUUACAUGGAUGGAGGGGUACGAUCAGGAACCGAUGCACUCAAGGCUCUCGGAUUGGGGGCACGGGCAGUACUAAUAGGUAGACCAGCCCUCUGGGGGCUAGCUUGUGAUGGUCCGGCUGGAGUUACUAAGGUAUUAUCAAUCUUACGAUUCGAACUGGACACAGCUCUAGGCAUUUCAGGUUGCACCAGUAUUCAAGACAUUCCGCCAUCAUUGAUAGCUCGGAAAUCUUACCUAUGAAUUCACCCUCAUCGAUCAAACUCCGUCCAGCUGAGAGGAAUUGUCUCUCAUUCACAGACAAAGCUAAGAGAUACAAGAAUGUCACUCCCCAGUUCAUCUGAGAAAAAACUGGAACUUAGGAGCUGGUUUAGACCGUAAUCGUAUACCCAACUCUCUCCAUAUAUCGCUCUCUUUAUCUCUCUCUCUCUCUCUCCCCACUGAUUGGUCGAAAUUCGUUUUCUUGCCAAUUCAUAUCCGAUCAGAUACACCAUAAAGUAUAGCGUGAGAAUUUUAAAUUGUGAUUUUUCGUUAAAGAUGAAGUUGAGUUGUGGUCAUGC